GACCUCGACGACGCCGAGCUGGCCGAGGGCACGGAUAGCACGGACAGCUCCACGUCGCUGCUGCGGCCCCCAGCGUCUCCGCGGCGCGGCAGGGGCGGUGGCAACGUGUUCCGCUGGUACCGGGCCGUUGCGGCUGGCGCCUGCGUGCUGCUGGCCGCGGGUGCGCUACGGGCUUGCGUGGCCUCCAAGGCGAGAGCUGGCUUCCCCCUCAGCGGUGGCAGCGACGACCUCAUCGGGCUCGUGGCGUCGGACUGCGACACGGAGAAGGAAGAGGUCAAGGCUGGCGGCUGUUACGCGAAGUGCAGCGACCUGACAGGCGGCAAGUACAUCACGCGCGCCGGCCCGGCCACCUGCUGCAAGGGCGUGGGCGCCGCGUGUCUGUGGAUCGGGAACUUGAAGACCCACCCGAGCUUCAACACCAGGGCGAACACGGCCGCCCAGGCGAACACGACGCAGGCAGCCGAUGGCAACGUCCCUCAUCACAACCCCCUUUGCGAGGACUGGGAGGAGCGCACCGCUGGAGCCUGCUACACGUCGUGCGCAAACCUCACGAAUGGCACGCACACGAACCGGAUCUCCGCACUGACGUGCUGCUCGGGGCGUGGCCUGGAGUGCCUCAACCCCGCCAAGCUCAAGACCAGCAUCUCGCUCUCGGCUGGAGGAAACCGGAAGGUGUUCGGUGGCGACUGCGACGAGAACGAGGAGCACCACAUGGGCUUGUGCUACAGGUCGUGCGACAACCUCACCAGGGGCUGGUAUCCGAACCGCGUCGCCGCGGAGACGUGCUGCAACGGCACGGGCCUCUCGUGCCUCAACCCGAUGAACCUGAAGACCGACCCGUCGUUUGGCGAGGGAGGCGGCCGCGCGCACAUGUCGCAGGUUUGCAAGUCAUACGAGGAGCACCACGGAGGGCUCUGCUACAUCCAGUGCCAGAAGCUCACCAACGGCUCGCACCCACACCGGGUCGCCCCAGGGGUGUGCUGCAAGGCGAACGGCACGGCCUGCAUGAACCCCGCAAACUUGCUGAGCAAGCCGUGGUUCGCUGCUGGCGGAGGCCGCUGGGCGCCGAAGGAACACGGCAACGUCUCGUGCGCCGAGACAGAGGAGUCCCACUUGGGCAUGUGUUACACCAAGUGCACUGUGCUCACAGAGGACGAGUACCCCAACCGGGUCGCUGCCAGCACGUGUUGCAAGACCCACGGCUGGAGCUGCAUGAGCCCCGCGAACUUGAAGACCUCGCCCGCCUUCGCCGCUGGGGGCAACCGUUCGAUCGCGGCGUCGUGCAAGAAGAUUGAAGAGCUCUACGGUGGCAUGUGCUACAUCAAAUGUUCCAUCCUUACUAACGGGACGCACAACUACCGCCUGAGCGGGCUCUCCUGCUGCAACGGCACCUCAGCCAUGAAUUGCUUCUACAACCCGUCGCAGAUCUCGACAAAGUCUUGGUACGCUGCGGGCGGCGGUCGCUUUGCGACGAAGGCCCCAGGGAAUUCCACCAAGUGCAGCAACCCUGAGACGGAGGAGCAUGCGGGCAUGUGCCUGAAGAAGUGCAGCUUGCUCACGGACGGCGAGUUCCCGUACCGCGUCACCGUGGCCACGUGCUGCAAAGAGAAGAGCCUCAAGUGUCUGCAGGCCUCCUACCGCAAGACGAGUGCUGCCUUCGGCCAUCGCAUGGAUGGCGGCGUGCCUCCCGCCAACGACGAGGACCCCGCCCUGCAGGGCAUCGCGGGGGCCCCUGACGAGGGCGAGGGGCCGGCGCUCGAUGCCCCAGUGCCGGAGGCCACCAACCAGAGCUCCGGCAACUCGACCGGCGCUGCGGGCGCGGUGUCGCUGGCGAGGGCGGGGGGCAAGUCCGCGCCGGAAGAGCCGACAGACGAGGAGCUGGACGUGUGGAACAGGAUGGUGGCGAAUGCCUCAACCCACGACGGCAUCGACCUCGCCUCUCUGGGAGCUCCGGUGUCGGUGGUCAGCCAGGUGGUGGCUGGGAUGAUCUACGACUUCACGUUCUCCGACGGCACGGUCGUCAGCGUCUUCGAGCAGUCGUGGACGGACACCCUGGAGGUGCAGGACAUAGUACACGCGCCGCCCGCGAACGGCACCGGGCAGCAGGCGGGCAAGAAGCCCGGCGGCUUCACCGUGCUCAAGACCGGCGGGUGGUCGGCGGCCAGCAAGCCCACCCCCGAAGACCUCGCUGCGUGGGAGAACACCGUGGACAAGGUGGGGUCAUACCAGGAUGUCGACCUCGCCUCGCUCGGCCAGCCCGUCCUGGUGCAGACCAAGGUAGUGUCUGGCACGCAGUUCCGGUUCGUGUUCGAGGACGGCGAGGUUGUCACCGUCCAGUCCCAGCCUUGGACGAAUACGCUGGAGGUCACCAGCGUUGAGCAGCCGAAGACAGACGAGGCCUACGUCAACAAGACCGUGUCGAUGAUGAAGCCCGACUGGACCCCUCGUGCAACCCAGACUUCCGCGGCCCCUGAAUCGACGGAAGCUCCUGCGCCGACAUCGACAGAAGCUCCUUCAUCCACAGAGCCGUCUACGUUCACGACAUCACCUCCCAACGGAACAGAGGUUGUCAGCAGCAAUGUUAGCACAAAGAAGUCCAGAUGA